AUGCGCGUACGCGGGUGUGGGGCGGUCCGAAUCAGGGGUGGUCCAAAUCGGGUGAGGGGACGUUAUCCCGUGCAAGCUGGUUCGGAGAACAGUGAUAGAGUCCACGGAGCGCCCGAUGCUGAAGUCGACGAUGACCCGGCAGAAGUGGAGCUGGAAGACGUGGCUGAGGUUUUUGUGGCCGUUGAAGAUGAUUCAGAGGAUACCGAGCUAGCAGUGGACGAGUUCAAGCUCGUGGAGGUCGCAGCCAUGGGUGAGGUCGAGUUGCUCGCAGUCAGAGUCACGGUUGAGAAGCCUGACCACCCGCUCGGCAGGUAUGUGGGAUCAGAUGUGUAG